CAGGACCUAAACGUGGAUGAAUUUGAGGAAAUCUUCAAAACGAAGGCUCAGGGCCCGGCCAUGGACCUGAGCUCCAGCAAGCAGAAGAUCCCUCAGAAAGGCUCCAACAAGGUGACACUGCUGGACGCCAACCGAGCCAAGAACUUGGCCAUCACCCUGCGCAAAGCGGGGAAAACGGCUGAUGAGAUCUGCAAAGCCAUCCACGUGUUUGACCUGAAGACGCUGCCGGUGGAUUUUGUGGAGUGCCUGAUGAGGUUCCUGCCCACGGAGAACGAGGUGAAGGUGCUGCGGCUCUACGAGAGGGAGAGGAAGCCCCUGGAGAACCUUUCGGACGAGGAUCGCUUCAUGCUGCAGUUCAGCAAGAUCGAGAGGCUGAUGCAGAAAAUGACCAUCAUGGCCUUCAUCGGCAACUUCGCCGAGAGCAUCCAGAUGCUGACCCCGGUGAGCACGGAUUGGGCAUGUCCUGGGUGGGAAGGGAUCCACGGGAUUGUGUCCCUGGAGAACGUCCUGCUGGAYGUCAAGGAGCUGCAGCGCGGGCUGGAGCUGACCAAGCGCGAGUACACCAUGCACGACCACAACACCAUGCUCAAGGACUUCAUCCAGAGCAACGAGGGCAAGCUCAAGAAGCUCCAGGACGAUGCCAAAAUAGCCCAGGAUGCCUUUGAUGACGCUGUGAAGUAUUUCGGGGAGAACCCCAAGACAACGCCGCCCUCGGUCUUCUUCCCGGUGUUCGUGCGCUUUGUGAAGGCCUACAAGGUAAACCAGAGCUCCUUCUCCUUC